AUGUUCACCGGGCUGAUCGAACGUAUUGGAAGAGUCUCGUCCAUCGUGACAGACUCAGGAGGAUGCACCCUGACCAUUGCAGAGUCGGCGCCAAUUCUCGGGGAUUGCAAUAUCGGUGACUCGAUUGCCGUGAACGGCGCUUGCCUCACUGUCGUCGAGUUCAACAAGGAAGAGCAAGGAGGAUGGUUUACCGUCUGGUUGGCAAAUGAGACCCUUGAUAGAACCGAUCUCGGGGAACUCAAGGUUGGCGACCAGGUCAACCUCGAACGUGCCAUGGGUGCCCAUGUCCGUUUCGGUGGCCAUUUCGUCCAGGCCCAUGUGGACGACACAGCGACCAUCGUAGAGCGAGUCCCUGACGGCGAAUCACUUCGCCUGACCUUCCAAUUGCCUGAGCCUACCCCUGAACGACCCUCGUUGCUUCCCUAUAUCAUCACCAAAGGAUACAUCGCCAUUGACGGCACGUCUCUGACGAUAACCGGCGUGGACGAUGCCAAACGCCAGUUCAGCGUAAUGCUCAUCAAACACACCCAGGAAAUGAUCACGCUGAGCAAGAAGCCGGUUGGCGCCAAGGUCAAUAUUGAGGUCGAUAUGGUGGGCAAAUAUGUGCGCAAGAGCGUUGUCGCAGCCCUCGGCGACAUUGCGACCGACACCCGUCACGACCAAGUCGGUCUUGCUCAACCCGACAAGCUUCCUGAAUGUCUUCCUAUAAUUCACGACCAUGAAUCCUGCACCAAGAAAGUCGUAUCAAGCGCAUUUAAGCCAAAGGCAAAGGUCAACAGCAGUGCGAAUGUCAUCCGCAGGUCACCAAGUGUCGUGUCGACAACACCGAGAGCUGGCUCUCCCACAAAGUUUACGCGGGCUCAGAAUGGGACCCUGUCGCCUACAUUCACGCCCAGGGUAGCUGCAUCGAAUGUAUCGAGACCCAAUGGACGACCACAGACACCGGUCUCUGCGCCUGGAACGCCUGAAACACGAACUCGCUCAUUGGCCGGAGGCUCAGAAGUGGGACGACCAAGCCCUAUGCGGCCCCGCGAAGGAAGCGGGUCCCAGCUGCAUCAUGCAGUGUCUUUCUCGUCACUAAAGCAAGCUACGACACCCAAUACAUCACCUACCCAGUCUCUGCGUAUACGUUCAAAAGUUUCGAAUAUUAGCAAGACGGCCGAGAAUUCACCUCUAUCACCGACAGCAGCACCAGGGCCACCGCUUCGCUUACGAUCCCCGUCCUCCGCUUCCAAUCUCUCCUCGACGACCAAUGCACCACCACAACAGUUCUACCCAAUUACAACAGCUGUUCCUGCAGCAAAUCCACAUCGCUAUGGCCAAAUGCGACCAAGUCCACCACACCAUGCCUAUACCCCUCCAGUCUCAUCUGCUGCUAGCGACUUGCAGCCCAAUACAAGUCCAAAACCCAGUCGACCUAGAUUCAAUAGCACAGCAAGGGUCGACUUUAAUGCAGCAAACGUGAUAUCGCCUCCGGUCCCCGCUUCCCCUCCUAUCUCAGCAGUAUCCUUCUCUUCGAGAUCGUCCAUUUCCGUCGCAUCGACCUCGCGCACAGACGACAGAAGAGAUAGUGGUGCCACGGAGCUCCCGCCAUCUAUGGGUACAGGCUCGCCUCAGCAUCAACGACAUGGAUCAUCGGCCAGCGUUAACCUAUCCGACGAUCAGCCUCAGAGUCCGGAAGUCGACGAGCAUCAUCAGGUUAGGGCAGAGGCUAAAUCUAAUCGAAAGGCCAAGGAGAUUAGAGACCUGCGCCGGAAACUACGUGAAUCUCGACUGGUCCUUCCGCCUGGAGCCUACCGCAUGGCCAAAUCAUCGUGGUCUGCGGAAGAACAGCAGGAAGAAGAGGAUGACUCUGACGAUUCGGAGCUGGAAGAUGUCACUCAAGGCAACGGAGAUGAGAUUUACAAGCGGGUCAAGGCUAUGAUCGAGGGGCUGCUGACAUCCGGGAGAGCAGCCCUUGAGAAGAAGGUUGAAGACUUUGCAGAACCGAGUGCAAAGGUGCUGACUGCAGAGGAAGUACAGUCAUGGCAUAGAUCAAACAAGUUGGGGGAUGAAACCGACGACCACUCUGACCUCGAUUCGGUAUCGCAAGGAGACAUGUCCUUUACCUCGACCAACUACGACGACGAUGAUGACCACGAUGACGACCCUUCCGAUAACGACUCACCGUUCUUCAAUACCAACAUAUUUAACAACUCCAAUGCACCACCAAUACGGAUAAGCGAGGUCGAUUAA